CGUGAGAAUUAGGCCAGUCUGAGAAUUCAGAUCGUUGUGACAAAAUGAAGUUCCUUGUGGCUUUCGUGGUUUUGGUUGUUGCCAUGGUGGCAGACGCUGGUGUUUCAAUGAAUAAUCCGUUCUUUUGCUACAUAACGGAUCCAAUUCGUUCGAUGACAAAUAUGCACGCAACAAGUACAGCUUAUGAAGCCAUUCGUCGAUUCAAUUUUACAACUGUAAACCCUUACAUAACAACCUGUACUCCAUCGAGAUUUUGGUACCUGGGACGAUAUGCAAGCCGUUUUCCGCAUCCCGCAUUGAUGGAUGACAUGAUUGAAUUUGCUGAAUCAUCGAUUCAAGAUGACAUCGAAAAUAAUUUCGAUGCAGGCAGGACAACGUUAUGCAGACAAGAUUUUGAAGCUAUUCGUGAUUGGACUAGAGGAGCGAAUUUUAAUCAACAAAAUGCUGGCUUGAUUACAGAGGCGGGUGAAUUGGCGAUGCAGAAUAUUGCCAGACGUUUUCAGCAAGUUUUCCCAGAUAUCUUGACGGAAACGUACAGUGCAGAUCGUUUCCAUUUUCGACAUACCGAAAGUGAUCGAACCAAUGCAUCUAUCAGAGCAUUAGCAGCUGGCUUGUUCGGACAGGCUGGAGCCCAAAAUGUCGUCUAUGAGGAUGUGCCCGAGAGGGAUUGGUUUUUGCGACCAUUCGAUUUUUGUCCGGAAUUUUGGGAAGAAGUAGAAGAUUGGGAAGCUCAACGACAAGCUUUUCGUCAAGGGCCUGAAUUUGCCGAAAUGGUGAGUGAGGUCAACAGGAAACUUGGCUUCCAUGGUUCAGCGCCAGCAUUAAGUUUCGAAACGAUCUAUGUUAUGUGGGAAUGGUGUAGAUUUGAAACUUCAGCAACAUUUGAGUUAUCGGGAUCUGAAACUGGUCCAGAUUCGGCUUGGUGUGCUCCAUUUUCAGUAGCUCACCAUCUGUUAUUCGAAUACUUUGAAGAUCUGGGGCACUUCUACUUUUCUGGUUACGGCUUUAGAAAUCAACGUUUACUCGAAAAUUUGAAUUGCGGAAUGAUCCAGGAUAUACUGGACCUUAUCGAUUCGGAUGACGAUGACAAUGUUGCUCGAAUUUUCGUGUCAUAUGCGCAAGAAAUUCAGUCAAUGUUAGUUGCCUUAGGUUCAUUCCGAGAUACAUGGCCAAUGCACCAACACAACUAUGCACAACAAUCGGGAAGGAACUGGUUAACUAGCUUGAUUACUCCACAUUCGUCGAAUCUGGCAGUCAUUCGAUAUGAUUGUGAUGACGAUGAUGAUGAUUUGGUUUUCCUGUUAAAUGAAAGACCCAUACUGGUACCUGGCUGCGAUCAACAAACUGGUGUAUGCAAAGUGAGUGUUUUCCUAGAUAGAUUCCGACGGUUCCUUGACGCUAACUGUGAAGAGUACUUCUGCACUACUGACUGAAGCAGUUUGAUAAAUCUAGAGAUUGUGGAUUACGAAAAUGGUAUAAAGUUUUUUUUUGGGGAAAUUGAUUCAAUAAACUCCA